AAAUGUGGUCACUUGCAGCCAGUUACAUGUACCGGUACAUACACUCACUGUACCUUUACAAUUUUGUAAUUUCUUAUUGGUCAAGCGAGUCUGUUGAUUGACAGUCCAAGCACAGCUGUUAUUGGUUUCUCCAACACUCUUCUAUGAUAUUGUCUUGGAUUGCAUUCUCACUGUUCAAUGUAAAAUCUACAGUAAUUAAUUUCACCCUCAACUGUUUACUUUUGCCGUGACCAUUUUUAUUAGACAUCCCAUUAGCACCUCUUCAAAAAACAACCAAAGCAUUCCAUUCCAGACAUCUAAUUUACCAACUGUCACAAUUCUGCAAAUAACCCACCUCGGUCUGUGAGAUCUUUGGCAAACAUUAUCAAUUCCUGCACAGUUUGGAUCAAAGUCACCAAGCAUUGAUUUGAAGGACGGAGUUCCCCAAACGCAUACAACGACAUGCUGCCUGAAAGGCUUUAAUCAACACCUGUAUGUUGAUCUUUGACAAAAGGGGUCCUUCAGAUUUCGAGCCCCGGUAGACCAGGACACACAUUCAUGUGUUUUCAGUUUCCCGACUGGUAAACACAGACACUUAAAUCCACAAAGGAGUCAGUCCUCUAAUUCACCCUACUUCUGUCCAGCAAGUAUCAAUUUUUGUUUACUCCUACCCAACCGUCAAACAAGAAUAAAGAGAACAAAAUGUUGCUUGGGUACCCCCCCUACUUGCGUUAGUAUCAGAUGACACUUUCUGAGUUUUCAGAUUGUCAGGAAUACAUACCGGUAGGCCUAGGCUACAAGUACCAGUAGAUAUACGGUACAUGUACAGUGCUACCGUACAUACAUGUACAUGUGUACAGUUACAUGUACAUGCACCGGUGCAUAAGAUCACAUCGUUCAGCUGUGGAAGCUCAUUUGUACCAGUGCUUUGAUGCUGCUGAGUGUAGUUUCAACUGAAUCUAUUCUACCCUGACGCACAACUUGUUCUCAUAUGGAUCUUUAAAAACCCAACGUGUGAAUCAACUUGGAUUACAGCAGAACCUUGCAGAGCAUCUCAUUGUGGUGUUAGCACUUGGAACUGCAGCAGUCUCAACAGAAGUGAUGUGCUUACUGUACAUGUUUAUAGAGGAGUCUUGUUGAAUCUAUUUCUUCUCCAGUGGUCACUUGCUGUGUACAUGUACAUGUAUACAGUAGUUGUUUUGCAGUACACAGUAUCUGCAGGGUCACGUUGGGAGAGCUUGACACAACUGGCAGAAAUUGAAUUCUCUGUCGUGGCAGACUGGUGUUGGUUGUAUCACACAUGAUAGCAACAGCGCAUUGUUUUUUGCACUGGAGGACGCAGCAACACAGGCAUUGUUAGUGUUACCACAUUGAUUUCCAGUCUUCAGUAACGUCAGAGGAAUUUGUGAACGUUGGACAGGACAAGAACAUCAGAACAAAAGAUACAUUAACAUAUAAGUGGACAGUUUUUGGAAGGCAUGGAUACCACAAGCACUGUGCAGUUUCCUCGGUCGGUUCAGGGACAUUGCCAUGACCAGGGAGAAUCCUGGAAUAAAUUCAUCGGACUGGUGCAUCACUUCUCAAAGCCGGAAUCCUGGAAGCGUGACGUCCAGAAGCAGAUUGAGGAGGAGCUUGAACGGCGAGUCCGUGAGGCUUUGGAGACACCGCCAUUGGAGCGCAUGAGACGUAAUCGUCACAAAGCCAAACUCAAACAAAUCCAGAGAGAACAAACAUCUAUAAGUAUUGAAGAAUGUGACAACUAUGCUCAGACCUUGCCCAACCUACGCAACCUCCAUCAUCACCGACUCUGGGAUUUGCCGGAAACCCCCUACAGCUUCAGUGACUCCCAGAACCGACAAAACCGGUUCUCGCGACUCACUGGCACCCUGCAACCUGGUAACUACCACGACAGUGACACUGAGGAUGACAGUGGGGAUUCGACGACGGCGGCCAACCGAAAUCAGAACAGUACUAGUAGCAGCUGGAGAUUACACCCACUGCAUCAUCACAAUGACAACCGCACUGGGGAGAAUGGCAUAUUGGCCACAACUGCUCGGGAGCAUGAUUCCCUCUCCGAGGAGUCAGACAUGGACUCAGAGCAGGCCCGGACCGUGGUGGAGGUCCGGCGGAAGAUGUUCCGGCAGUACACGGCCGAGGGAUUCAAGUCAGCCCUCCGGAAAGGCAAGAGCCACCUGAAGAAGCUGGGUAGCGGGAAAUACGAAGAUAAGAACGGCGUAGUGUUGACAAUAGACGGGCCAUUUUGGCCACCAGAGUGCGGGCCACUCUAUCCCAAACCCGAACACCAAAACUUCAUUCCUCAAGAGAAGGAACUGCUCGCUGAUGCAGUCCCUGAUAAUAGCCGCACAGUCCACAGUCAACGCACCAAGUGGUUCCGUCCUUUUGAAGCUACGUCCAUUAACAUCUUUGACUCUGAGCGUACCUCCAAGGGCACAAUACCUCACUCUGUACCCGAAGGAUGUCCCCCUAGUCUGGUGUUUGAGUCCCGGUUUGAGUCAGGCAAUCUCCGCCAGGCCCGAAGAGUUGGCCAGUUUGAGUAUGAUCUGAUCCUUAAGACAGACCUCUACACUGCCAGGCACACCCAGUGGUUCUACUUCAGGGUGCAAAAGAUGAUCCCUGGCAUUACCUUCAAGUUCAAUAUCGUCAACCUUCUAAAGAAAGACAGUCUUUACAACCACGGCAUGAGACCAUUGAUGUAUUCGGAGCGUGAGGCAGCAAAGAGCAAUCUUGGCUGGCAUAGGAUUGGUCAUCAUAUCAACUACAGUAGAAGCAACGGUUUUCAUCGAAAUCCAUUGCUGCAUGUGGACAUGGUUUACUACACACUGUCUUGGCAGAUGGAGUUUGCCUAUGAGAACGACACCUGUUACUUUGCACACUGCUACCCGUACACCUUCACCGAUCUCAGGGAGCACAUUAACCACCUGCUGUCCGAUCCGGAGAGGCGGCGUUGCACCAAACGAGAGGUCAUGUGUGAGAGCCGAGCCGGCAAUAGCUGUUUUCUCCUGACUGUCACAAACUUUACCGAAAGGCAAACUGCUAACAAGAGGGGUGUGGUGGUGACAGCUCGUGUCCAUCCAGGUGAGACCAAUGCCAGCUGGGUGAUGAAGGGCUUUCUGGACUACAUUACCGGAUCAGACCCUGUAGCCAAGGACCUCAGGAAAGCCUUUGUCUUUAAAAUCGUCCCAAUGCUCAACCCGGAUGGUGUCAUCGUGGGCAACUAUCGCUGCUCGCUCACUGGUCGCGACCUCAAUCGGAACUUCCGCCAUCCCAAGAAGGAGUCGUUCCCAACAGUUUGGCAUACUAAGGAGAUGCUAGAGGAUUUCUCCAAAGAGACAGAGGUCCUUGUCUACUGUGAUCUUCACGGUCACAGUCGCAAGCACAACGUCUUCAUUUAUGGCUGUGACAAGAAUGGCAAAGAGAUAGAUGCUGCCUCUUUCCUCUACCAAAGGCUCUUCCCGUUCCUCAUGGCACGUGAGGCCCCUGACAAGUUCUCCUUCCACGGCUGCAAGUUCCAUGUAAAGCGAUGUAAGGAGGCAACAGGCCGUGUGGUGAUGUGGAGAGAGCUCGGGAUCAAUAAUUCUUUCACGAUGGAGGCAACUUUCUGUGGUUCCAAGGAUAUCAGACGGGAAGAUACCCCUCGUCAUUUCAACCUUUCCGACUUUGAGGAUCUCGGCCGUCAUUUCUGCGAAGCCCUUAUGGUGUAUCACAAGGCGCAAGAAAACAAAAGCCUCCAUUCCGAACUCAUCCUGGAACUGACCAGAGAGAUUACCCACCAAGUCCUGGAGAGCCGAGGCCUCCUGCCCCAGCAGCUGCUAGCCCCCUAUGGCAAGGGAGCCCAAGACAACAAGAACAAAGAUGGUACUACGAAUUCUCAGGCCAAACUGAGCUCCUCUGAAAUAACUGACAAAGUUGCAUCACUGAACGAUCCCAGUGCACCAAGCAAAGUGCCCCCCAGUGGCCAUGACAAACCAGGUCAGCUGGUGCGCAGCCUGGAAGGGAGACUAGAGACAAUGCGCAUGAUUGACGCUUUGAGCUCAGAGACUAUACAGGGGUGCAUCGGCAUCCUGCAGGAUCUGCACGCCAUGAAGGACUUCACAGAGUCAGACUCAAGUGACAGUGACAGCGCCUCUGAGUCGGAGGCCCCUCCCGCCCCAGAGGCUGAUGAUGACAAGCAAGAUGAGAAGAAGAAGAAAAAGAAGAAAGGGAAACAUCGUUCCAAGAGCAUGCCGACUUUGCCUGAGGCAGUGACUGGGGUAAUCAAAAAGAGAAAACACAAGAAAGCCCACUCCAUCCCCCAUGGAUCAUGUGAUUUUGUGUGCUUCCACGAUGCCUCAAGAACCUACUCUCUACCUGAUCAUGGUGCCUCAUUUGUAACCCGUGGUGACGGUAAACUCCAUCUCAAAUUGGCCCUCAAGGCCCAAGAACACCACCACCAGGGACUCCCCUCCAUUCCCACGGCCGACCAUCCGACGGCCGCGGCCCCACCCAAAUCCUACCAAAUCUAUGCCCUCCAGGGGGACCUGAGCCCUGGCAGCCUUGGGCCUGAUGUCCGCCCCUUCCGCAUGGCCUGCCAUGGCAAGAGCCGUGUUAGCUCCUAUGAUGAACGUUUCGCCCAGCUUUGCAGGCGAGGCCGAGAUGAGUCUGGCCCGACGCUCUACCGCCUUGUGGAGCCACGAACCAUCGAGAUGCCACUGGAAGCUGAACAGCGCAUCAGUAACUUGGAGGAGCCUGAUACCAGCUAUGGAUUCCUGCCAAGCAUUGGUGCCCUGUACUACGAUGAAGAACUAAACCCUGCUGAAUGUGACAAAACUGUUCAGAUGAUCAAGAAGUACCCGCCUUUUGUGAAUCGUUACAUUGGCCGGAGCAACAACGGCAUCCCGAUGUUUGCUCAGGAGAGACUGGAAGAACGAGCCUCCAAGAGAAUGGAGACUGUGAAGAAGCUGGAACAGGAACGGCUGGAGAGGCAGGCUACAGCAUUCCAGACCCAGCUCUCUGAAGAGGAUGCCCACUUCCUGGCUUUAUCCAGACACCUGCAACUGCAAGAAAAGGAGGAGGGUCAAUACAAGAUGGACACGCCCACCCUGACCGUCCAAUGCAACAUACCAGGGACCCCUGGCUACCCCUUGCAAGUCAAUUUCAGGCAGGGCUACACCCAUCGCAAUUCUACAAUGAUCAAAGGUCACCCUCUGAGUCUGGACCAGAUAGGCGAUGGUCUCCAGGAGGCAGACGGAAAGCAGGACACACCCCGCGUCACAUCCUCAAGGCAGUCCCCUCGUAAGCUGGAGCCCAUGAGUGAUGCCAGAGUCCCGGGUGUGAGUCUUCACUCCAACUUAGAUGGAAAGAGAAUGGGUGUCGGGCAAGUUCAAGGGGCCUUCGUAGACCAGAUCAGCUCUGAUCUGAGAAACAGGGUGUCAGAAGGGGAUUUUGUGGACCAAAGGGACCAACGAGAGCUGGCUGAUCACAAGAGCAAUAUUGCAGUCAGCCCUGGCAAACUGGACGAUGUGGAGGCGGGGAAGUCAAUGGGUGCCCCAAACCAAGCCCAAGGGUUAAAUAGAGGGAGGACUGUGACUGAGAUGGAUUUGAGGAUGUUUAGGGCUGACAUGGAUGAAAAUUGGCCAGAUUCGAGCCGGACAUCCUCCAACCGAACCCCAAGUGGGAGGGGAGACCAGAGUCGCAUGCAGAGUGCAAAGAGCUAUAGUGUCACCAAUCCAUGGCUAGGAGCCCGCAACCUCCAUAAUGGUAGCCGGUUCAAUCUGCCCACUGGUGGUUCUUUUGGCCACGCCCCACCCCCUCUCAGGUCACUUCGGCAUAGGCACCCCUCAGCCGUCAAGAAGAACCACAUGGACCUGAUUGAGCAGCAGUAUGGCCGCUUCCUGUCUGGAGUGGACCCCAAGAGGGCACCCUCCACUGCUGCAAAGUACCUUCAAAGUCUAGCCAAAAGCGUGAUUGACGGUGCCUCGACCAGUCAGCCCCAGACAGUUACUAAACAGGUGAAGAAGAAAUGAAGAACACCAGCAAAUCAUGAUAACACUGGCACGCAUAAAUGAGGAACUCAUGUGUGACAUGGCACAUAAACACCAGAGCAUGAUUCAGUUGGUACUGAAGUACCCUUUCCUGACAAGUUUUGCCUAAUUCAACACAAGAAGGCAAAAUUGCCAAAGCACUUGAUUGAAUACUGGCCUAAAGAUCGGCCAAAGAAAAAUGACAUUUAUAACCACAAUUCUGCCAGUAGUUUGUAUCCAUUUUGUUUCCUAUUUUAUACAUUUUAUUUAUGUCAUUCUGAUAUGAAAUUUUUAACUUGAAAUUCUUUCAGUGUGACUGACAAUCAAAGAUAACUAGUUUGUUUACUUCCAAUUUGAACAUUCCCUGAUUUUACGUCCAGAAUUGGAAAUGGGAUCAGUAGACGUUCUGAUCAAAAUCAUGCCCAGCCCAACCAAGCUGUUGUAGACGGUUUUUCACAAGGGUCUUUUCCUAACCUUACAUGUUACCCCUGAGUAACUUUAUCCUCCUUAUGAUACCAUGGUUGGAGUGUGGUCUUGGUAACCCUGCUGAAAUCCCCACCAAUUCCUCCCGCUGUCGAAUUUGACUAUGAAACCAUAUCCUUGGUUUUCAACAUACCUAUGACAGUGACUUGCUGUUGUGUGUACAUAUUUCAAGAUGCUGUAUUCAGAAUACAAACCUUCUAUACAUGUAUUUAUUAGUUCAAUGUGAUUUAGGUGAAGUUUGUUUGAUUGGAAUUGAUUGGAUUUCAGAUUUAUUUCUUUUCAUUUUAAAACAAUCAGAUAUGUUUCCUAAAGCUUUUUAUUCAUAAAACACUUCCUCGUUUGUUUAUUCCGUCCUUCUGUUAAGAAUAUGAUUGGAUCUUUAAUAAAUCGAAACAAUUUACUUUCA